CUAAAAAGAAUUUGAAUAAAUACAUGUCAUAUAUCAAAUGGAUCUACAAUAUGUCCUUUAUAAGAAACCCUUUUCAUUUUAUUGAAAUUCAAUAGAUUUUUUGAGUUUUGGUGUUUGAAAGACCAAAAAUGUCAGGUGGUGCGACCGUCCGAACAUACAAACAGAGAACAAAACUGAGAAAUAAAUGUUAAUUUUCUCAAUAAAAUUCUUAAUAAAAUAUUUUGGCAUUUAUGUUAAAUUUCUUAUAUAUGAGGGGAAAAAUACUCAGUGCUAAAUACAUUAAAUGUAUAUUAUUUUAAAUUAAUAUAUGGUCGCACCACCUGACAUUUUCUUAUUUGUCAUUGACCCAUAAGACAAGAUAACUGAUGCGCGCUCUUGAAACUCACCUGUUGUUAGUCCGAUGUCAUGGCAACAGUUUUCAGGGGGGGUUCCCCGGCCGUGACGUAGGGGGAUUUCCACCCACCAUACCACACUGCAGUAUACGAAGAGAACAGUGAAAUGAAAGUUGACGAGCGAUGUUUGUGUCAGAUCACGAUGAUUAGUUCACGAGCGAGGAUCUGAGACGUUUUUCUCUCGAAAUCUCUUGCACUAAAAGCAUCGGUUAACUUCACGCGUCCAAAAAAACAGGCACCCGGAAGUGAGUUCAUAACUGUUGUCGGAUUUCGAUCGGAGGAUUUUCAAGCGCUGACACUUAACUCAAUAUUUAUCUACGAGUGCGGGAAAACACACGGAGAGUUGAAUUCGUCCGUAUUGCGAUGAGAAACAUGAGCAACGCCGCAGCGGAAAAUGGAGUUCUGGAUCUAGAUAUUAUAAACGAGUACCUUCUGGAAAAGUCAACAAAGGAGUUGACAUUGACAGUCCCUUCGACAUUGCCGCUUCCCGGUCCUCCACCUGUGGAGCAGGACAUCCGGAGAGCAUCUAGAAGCAGGUGUAGUGCUCAAGUGUUGGUCCCCAGAGGAACCGCACAGCCGCCUACAUAUAACUGUAACCAGGUCCCGUCUGCUCACACUGAUGGUAUGGCAUUAAUGCAUACCUCACGAGGUCACAAGGUGGCACCUCAUCGGCGUGGACAGGGAUCUGCAGUGGCCCCGUGUCUUCCUCUGCAGACCGGAACAGAACAUCUGGAGAGCUUUCUGGAAAAGCCAGAGCUGGUGGUGGUGGAGCAGCCGAAGGAGCGUGGCAUGAGAUUCCGCUAUGAGUGUGAAGGACGGUCGGCGGGCAGCAUCCUCGGAGCAUCCAGCACCGAUGUGAACAAGAGCUUGCCUGCUAUCGAAAUCCAAGGCCCCAUUGACAACAUCAAGAAAGUGACCGUCACCGUAUCUCUAGUGACAAAAGACAUCCCUUACCGUCCACAUCCACACUGCUUGGUUGGGAAAGACUGUUCAGAUGGCAUCUGUGUAAUCCACAUUAAUCCUCAAAGUUCCCGUAAACACAGUUUCGCGAAUUUGGGGAUUCAAUGUGUGCGGAGGAAGGAACUUGAUGCUUCGCUGCAGAAGAGAAGGAAUAAGAAUAUAGAUCCUUUUAACACGGGCCACUCUAAGAGCAUUGAAGAUAUGGACAUGAAUGUGGUGAGACUGUGUUUCCAGUGUGAACUAGAGCGAAAGGACGGAGGCAGGAUCGAACUUGCCCCAAUGGUGACCAAUCCCAUAUAUGACAAGAAGGCGACUACAACGGCAGAGUUAAAAAUUAAUCGGCUCAACAUCAUCAGAGGCCCUUGUACAGGAAAAACUGAGAUUUAUAUGCUGUGUGACAAGGUGCAAAAAGAUGAUAUUGAGAUAAUCUUCAGCUUGGAGGACUGGGAGGGCAAAGCUGAAUUUGCCCAGACAGAUGUCCACAGACAGAUCGCCAUUGUCUUCAAGUCCCCGCCCUUCCGGGAGCAGAACAUAUUGGAGGAGGUGGAGGUCAAUGUGUGUCUACGCCGUAUGUCUGAUCGGAUGGACAGUGAGGCAGUGAAAUUUACCUACGUUCCAGACAAUGCAGAUCCAUACGGUGUUAACCGCAAGAGGAAAAUAAAAUCUGAUAUUCAAUUCAGCGAGCCGUGCAGUGUCCCUCAAGGUCAAGACCUCAUUGCGAACGAACCCAACACGCCUCAGCAGUUCGACCCAUUCUACCCUCUUCCCGAGUGUAACCUUCCUAACAUUCCGAUGGCGGUCCCUUCUCAGGACGGAGGCAUCCACUUGCCACCCCAGGGCAUAGAUGGAAUUCAGUUCAAUGAGGAAUUUAAACAAGAAGACUUUUGUGUUAGUCUGGAUCCAGAAGCUUUGGAAACCAUCCUUCAGAGCAUUAAUCAGUGCUUAGGUACCCAAGACAUGUUUCAGGUUAAUCUCGAGUCAAAUUUAGAGGUUGGCCAACCUAUGAUGAACAUGGCUUCUAUAAGUGAUGCACAAUUCAAUCAGAUGGUGAUUGAGAACCAGAUGUUUCCAUCUGACCUGGAGAACAUCGAAGGUCUCUUAUGCCCUGUGAAAAACGAGAACGAACUCGACCAUUGAAUGCACAUGUGAACUCUUGUGUUUUGACUCUUGGGACUUUGGUCAUACAGACGCUGCUUGACUAUAAACAUAGAGUGGUCCAGGCAAAGAUGACCUGCAGUUUGGUUGUGUACAUGUCGAUUCAAUAAAUCGUGGACAUGAAAAACUGAUAGAAGGUGGGACUGAUCUUUUUCAGUCACUGUAACAGUUGAAAAAGGGAGCAACAGAUGCUGCUCGACCACUUAUAAUGUGCCAGUUAUGAAAUUGAUAAUUUAUUUUUUGGCUUUUCAAGUAAACGCCAGUAGUCACAUGCUCAAGUUUACUUACUAACAUAUUUAAGUGAUGUAUUUAACGUGGCGUUUGUUACUGGUUAACAUUUCUGAGGUUUCAAACCUGAUGUGAUUUCAACGAGCAGCAUUAAGAUGACUAAAUGAAAUGACACAUAUGGAACAUCAUUCUUUACUUCUAGUUGUUCAAUUUAUUCAUGUCAUUUAUACCAACCAGACAGUGCGCUCUAACCUGACACAACGUAAAAAGCAUCAAUAUCCACCAGUCGUUCAGAAGACCCAAUUUCUCAGUUAACAUCAUGUACGUGUUGAAUAAAUUUGUGCUAUAAUCGCAAGAUACAUUGGCCAAUAAUCUGUACAAGUGGAUAAAAACAAUUUUUCAAACUAUCAGCCGAUAGUUUAAAAACGGCAGAUGAUCAGGGCAGAUAUCAAUCAAAAGAUCGAAAAAAAAUGCAAUGAAUUUGUGCUCCGUAAGGGUUAAAAAACAUAAGCAGUUUGAUGUUCAAUAUAAAUAGUCAUACUAAUAACUAUCAGAAAGUUUAGAAUAUUGAUUUAAUCUUCUGUAUCGGAUUCACAUCGGUUUCGUUGGAGAAAUUCAAUAUCGUGCAUUUCUAACGAUUGCAUGUUAACAUAUUGAGGAAAACUCAUCCAUUGCCUUAUAGACUUUGUAGCAUUACGUCAUUAAUCUGAUGCCUUAAGGGGGUUCAGGCCAUGAUCCACCAAACAGACAUCAGCACAAAAGGUUGUGGGUUGGGAACCCAGGAAACACACAAUGAUCAAAUGUGUAGCCGUAAUGCACUGUAAAUCGCUUUGGAUAAAAAUGUAAUUGAAAGCCAGGGUUUUGCGGGCUUUUGGGACGGGGCUUGACCGCAGCACCUCAAACGUUUGGAAAAAGCGUUUGGGUGUAAAACAGCACACCAACUUGGUGAUCUCCUACACUUUUAUCUGAACCCACCUUAAAAGUUAUGAACCAGCCACAACAUGUAAAGCGUUUAUCCGUCAUGAAAAAACUAAGUAUCAAAUGUGAAAAAUAUUUUCGACGGAUGUGUCGUGCCUGGUUAGGUCACAUAGUAAAGUUUAGCAGGUAAAAUGGAGAAAUUGAAUGAAAAUGCAGAAUAUCUAGUCUGUGGCAUAUAGAGUAUAUAGUGCUUAUGUCUGUUAUAACUGUACAUUUUUAUCAAUAAUAAUGUUUUGAAGGAAGCUGCAAUUGUGGUUGCAUCGUGUUAAUUGUUGACAAAGCUUUUCAUCUUUAAAUAAUGUUUAAAAUACUGCUGUGAUUCAUCCUUUAUGGUGAAACGUCUGAAGUCUGCUAGUUGCAAGCAAAACGUUGUCUUUUACCUGAUAUUGUGUGUGCAGCUGUUAAUAUUAAAGUCCCAGUGAACUAAAGAAAAACAAUGUCUAUUUUUUUCAUG